GAAAUUAUAAUCUGAACUGUUAUUUAUCCACUCCAUCCACUCCCACCACGGAUCUUACAGCCGGACUCCUGAGAGUUUGAGCAUUCCUCCUCGAGAGAGCUAUCCCUUUGUUCUCUUUCUUGUCAUCCUUCGACCAUGGCCGACGUCGCAACGCCCCCGGCCGCCUCGCCGAGUCCUGCAAAGGACACCAAAGCCCCCAAGGUCAAGCCCGAGAGGCCUGACGAGGAGGCCUACAAGGUCAACCUGUCCAAGGCUGAGGCUGCGCACAAGCAGGCUCAGGAGAAGCUGAACGCCAUCAAGUCCAAGAUUGAACUUGCUCAGCCCCCAAGCAAGGACUCCCCCGUCGCCAAGCGCCAGCAAGAGCUCCGUGGUGAGCUCUCCAACAUUCGCCAGCAGCAGCAGGGCCUGAAGUCAUCCAAGGGCAACCUUCAAGAGAAGAUCAAGUCGCUCGAUGCCACCCUCAAGUCACGCAUUGCCGAGCAGAAGGCUGCCAAGGGCCGUGUCAAUUUCAAGAAUGUCGAGGAGAUUGACCGUGAGAUUCAGAGUCUCGAGAAGCAGGUCGACAGCGGUACCAUGAGGCUCGUUGAUGAGAAGAAGGCUCUGGCGGACAUCUCCAGCCUGCGGAAACAGCGCAAGGGCUUUGCCGGCUUCGAUGAAGCUCAGAAGGGCAUUGAUGACAUCAAGGGCCAGAUUGCUGAGCUCCGCAAGGGUCUUGAUGACCCCGAGGCCAAGGCUCUCAGCGAGAAGUACUCGACCAUUGCCAAGGAGCUCGACGAGAUCAAGGCCAACCAGAACGAGGCCUACAAGAACCUCAACGCGCUCCGUGACGAGCGGACCAAGCUCCACGCUGAGCAGCAGGAGAAGUACACUGCUCUUCGCGCCGUCAAGGACCAGUACUAUCAGCAAAAGAAGGCCUUUGCCGACUACGAGCACGAGGCCUACCGGCAACGCAAGGAGAAGCAGAAGGCCGAGCGGGACGCUUAUGAGAAGGAGAAGCGGAGAAAGGUUGCUGAGCGCAAGCUCGAGGAGGCCAGUGAGCCUGCUUACCUCGACGAGAUUCUGUCCGCCGAGGGUCUCAUCCGCUACUUUGACCCCUCAUCUGUCGGCACCCAAACUGCUGCUGGCCCUGGCAAGUUUGCUGCUCAGGCCCAGCGUACUGUUGACGACAGUGGCAUCAAGGGUACUGCUCUCGUGAAGAAGGAUGACCGUGAGGACACCUACUUUGCCGGCACUGGCGGAAAGAAGGGUAAGAAGGGCAAGAAGGGCAACAACGGGUCCUCGCCCGCCCCCGCCGCCGACAAGCUCAACCUCAGCAUUGGUAUCAUUGAGGAGUUUAGCAAGAUCAACGUCGACCCGCCCAUGAGCCAGUCUGACGUUGCUGGCGUCGUCGAGAAGCUCAAGGAGAAGCUCGACCACUGGAAGAAGGACCAGGAGCGCAAGACCAAGGAGAACGUUGAAAAGGCCAAGAAGGAAAUCGAGAAGAUUGAGGCCGAGGCUCAGGAGGCUAAGGCGGCCAAGGAUGCAUCCGACAACAACAACCGCCGCUCCAAGGACGGCGCCAAGAAGCCCGCGCAGAAGAACCAGGCCGUCAAUGGUGACGUUUCUCCUCGGGCCGAAGUUGCCCAGGAGAAGGACGCCGUCGCCGACGCCGCCAAGGAGCUCAAGGAGGCUUCCAUUGAAGACAAGACUCAGUAAACAGAUGCAUUACACCGACAAAAAAAACACUACAGGGCGCGGUUGGAAGAUGAUUGCAUGUAUGCAUACCACGGCGGAGAAUGUGCGCCUUCUUUUUUUGAA